CACAAGGUCUCAUAUACAUGCAGCAAUAUUACAUCUAAUCACCGUACGACAUUUAACAUUUUAAAAUAACAUCAAUCCAUCGAGGCGAUCAUCAUCAAGGCCUAAAUAUACCAGAAUGGGUUCCAUUGUCAAAGAUAUUCAGGAGAUUGAAAUUCUUCGUCAUUACCAUCUGGACAAGACAAAUCCGGACGUUUGGGUUGAUGAAGAAGAUUUGCCUUCCUGGGUUCAUGAUGAUGAUAUCAAUACUGAUCAUGGUGGACGAACGACCCCUAGGGAGCCAACUCGAAGUGGAAGAGGGGGAGGAGCAACAGGAGGUCCAUCUUCACAGGAUGAUGAGACAUUUACUCUUUCAGAGCAGGUCGAUCUUUUAGGGUUAAUCAAAGGAAAUAUCUUGAAGUCUAAGAACGUACGAGGAGAUACUAAUCUCAUUUCUUCCACACAAAAGAGUUUUAAUCCACAACGAUAUCUUUAUGCAGUGCAUGCAGAUACCUCUUAUGAUGACCUUUGUGUGGGUGUUGAUAAUCUUCAGGCUUCAAUUGCUCAAAGAUCCUCUGCUCUGAAGGUCUUGGUACAAAAUAAUUUUAAUCGCUUCGUAAGCGCCAAGAAUGUGAUUGAUUCUGUUUAUGAUGACAUGAAGGAAAAGACUCUUAAUGAAGCCCAGGAUUGGGGUACCAACCGUCUAAAUAAUAUCCUUCGAGAGUCAUAUGGAAAGGCGCAUGAAGUAAUCAAUCCUCUUUUAGAACGCCGCGAGAAAAUCGAAAAGUUGCGCUCAACAGUUGGACUUAUGGAGCCUUAUCGACUCUUCUUCAACUUGCCCAAUACACUUCAAGAGAGUAUCAAACAAGGAAAGUAUCAACAAGCAGCUCGCGACUAUAAUAAAGGCAAAGUGUUAUUAGCGCAGGCUUUCCCUACCAACACUGGGGCAACAACAGCACCAUCGACCUUGAGCAGCGAUAAUGCAUCGACCCAUUCACAUUCAUCAACAUCUAAUCUGAUUGAGACGAAACGAAGGGUGUUUGAUAGAGUUUGGUCCGAGGUUGAAAGGAUUGUGGCCAAGCUGAGAGCGGAUUUGGAAUCACAGCUAGAAGAACCCUGGCGUGGAAUGGAAGAACAUGAGCGCAAUAUCAGACUUUUAUUUGAAUUGGACACCACAAAAGAUCCUGUAUGGCAUUGUUUAUCCAGUCAAUUUCGUUGGAUUAAAAAGAUUAUGGUGGAAUCGUAUGAUGAACAGACAAUUAUUGUCGAAGAGCUCCGUAAGAGUGAUGAAUAUCUACAAAGUCAAAAUAUGACUGUGAGUGGCCGUACGGCUCUCUUCAAGCAGAUAUUGGCAAAUGUAAAUUCUACAGAAUUCGAAAGCAUGUUUGCCAAGGAACCUGAGGUCAAGAUUUGGCUUGCAAUAUCAACAGGUGUCAAGACCCUUUCUGAGCUCUUGAUGCGACUUUUGCCAGAUUUCUGGAAGCUGGCAACCACUUUCAUGGAAGACAAGCUUCAGAAAGUUCAACCUCAGAAACGACGCACGGGCGGGAAUACUGUUGAUACUCAGAAGGUUGCACAGUGUCAUGGGAUGGUGAGGGAGAUUAUUGAGCUUUAUUCAUCGCAAAUGACCUCAAUGCUGAUCGACAACCUGAUUCCAGAGCCACAGCCCCUUCCUAAUGAUGAAAAGAAUCAUGGUCAACAAGGUGAAGGAGAGGAACGAGAUCAAGCUCAACGUAUAUCGCGCAAGGAAAAUUCUGUGGUGACAGCAUUUUUCUUGAGCAAAAUGGUGACUGAAGUCAGUAACUGUGUUAAUGAUGUGAAUGGCCUGAGCAUACGUGGAGGCGCCUUCAUGGUCUUGGUAGACUUGAUGCAGCGUGUUCGUUGGAAAUUUGUAGAGGUCCUCUGCGAGCUCUGGGGCGAAGAUGCCAAGGUCUUUUAUAAGCACGAGGAUUGGACCCUUCAGUCUGAGAACUCACAGAUUACAUUGUUUGUGGAGCUGUUUUAUCAAUUCCAUGAAUAUUGUCUUCGCUCUGCUUACAAGUAUGCCAGCAUCUGGACUGCCACGACAGAGGAUCCUGUUCAACAUGACGAUGGCAAUGCCGUAGUCCCCACUCAAUACACAGAAAAAAUCCGACAGAUGUUUUUAGAUGCGUUAUAUUCAUUCCUGGAUGGACUUGUCCAUUUAGCAUUUGCUGAUGCAGAAAGAUCAAACCAACAACAAAAACAGCAGCAGCAGCAGCAGCAGCAGCAUAGUGAAUAUGAUCUUAGUGGUCCUGGUGCAGCAUCCUUUGAGAAUUUGGCUGGCGGAAAGAAAUCCAAACUUAUUGACAUCACCGAACUCGACCCACGAAUCUUGAUCACAAUCAGCAAUUUGAGUGAACUUCGGGCAGUGACCAUUCCCAAACUGUUGGCUGAUUUUGAGAGGACUUGCGAUAUUAGAAUGAUGGAUGAUGGAAAGACAUUGAUUGAGGUGGUAGAUCAAUUGGAUAGUAUCUUGUUUGAGGACUACAUCAAGCGCAAGGCCGUGGUAGCAAGCCGAGUAAUCACAGAUGGUAUUUUGUACGGGGGUAUUGAUUGGCAGUCUACUCCAAAGCCUACUGGCGUACAUUCGUUCAUGUAUGAAGCACUGCUCUCGCUUGUGGUGGUGCAUGCUCAGAUCAGCGAGAUCGCGCCUCCACUUGUGUUCCGUGCACUGUCUGCAUUGUUAAUCAACAUGGCUCAGGAUUGUCUACGGUGUUUCCAGCAGGUGGAGCAGUUUGGAAUGGGAGGAAUGCUGCAAGCAACGCUGGAGAUGGAGUUUAUGAACCAUACAUUAUCUCAAUACCAGAGUCCAUCUUCGGAUGAAGUUCUGCAAAUGAUUUAUGAUACCAUUGACCGAGCCUAUAGGCCAGAAGGUGAAAACCUACAGAAUGAAAUGACGGCACUCAAGAAGCUGCUGGCGGAUGCUCGGCAGUCGACUCAGAUGCAGUUUAUGUGUUUUAAGAAACCAAGGUGAACAGAUUUAAUCAAACCGCAAGUUCAAAAUGUAGUAGAGGGAGAAGGAGAAGGAGAAGGAGAUAAAUAAUAAUAAUAAUAGU